UUGGGGUUCGGUUGUCUCGGUUUGCAAACCGACGGCGCUUGGAGGACAGCCAUUACGAGCACUUUGUGCAAAAGUAGUAGCGUCAUUACGGUCCAUCUCUAGGAUGGACGGUUGUCGAGAUGGCUGUUCGGCCAUUGGCGAAGUCGCAGCUCUUGCCGCCGAUUGCUCUUCAUCAUGAAGGCAGUUGCUCGCUUCUGCACCCUCUCUAUCGAUCGAGAUGUCGUCUUCUGGAACAAGAGCAUUUCGAGUCUCGUCCGAAAGGGCCUACUCCGCGAAGCCCACAGAGUGUUCGACGAAAUGCCCCAGCGAACUGUCGUCUCCUGGAAUGCCAUCAUAACUGGCUACGUCCGGAACAAUGAUCUAAAGCAAGCUCGCAAACUGUUCGAUGAAAUGCCUCAAAAGGACGUGGUCUCUUGGAACUUGAUCCUGUCCGCGUAUAUUAGAGUCGGGAAGAUAGACGAGGGGAGGCGGUUUUUCGAUGGGAUUACGGCGAAGGAUGCAGUGUCUUGGAAUACUAUGAUCGGUGGGUAUACGAAAGUUUUGAGAAUAUCGGAUGCACACAGCCUGUUCGAAAAGACGCCUAUGAGGAACGUGGUAUCGUGGAACACCAUGAUCACUGGAUACGUCGGUUGCGGAGAUUUACGUUCGGCAAAGGAACUGUUUGAGAGGAUGCCCGCGAGGGAUUUAGCGUCGUGGAAUGCGAUGGUUGUGGGUCUUGUGCAGAACGGGGAGUUGGAUGAGGCCGCUAGGUUGCUGGAGAAAAUGGGGAAAGGGGAUGUUGAUGCGUAUAACAGUUUGAUUGCUGGCUAUGGGCAGAACAGGAGAGUGGAAGAUGCUCGUCGCUUGUUUGAUAAGAUUCCUCGCGAAGGCUGCUGUAGACAAAAUGAGCCUGGUGUUGAUGACGGGAUUAAGAAAUUUGAGAGAAAUGUGGUUUCCUGGAAUACCAUGAUCAUGUGUUAUGUUAAGGACGGAAACUUGCCUGCUGCACAACAGUUGUUCGAUGAAAUGCCUGUCCGCGAUAUUGUGUCAUGGAAUACACUAAUCAGUGGUUAUGUACAUGCAUCCGCGAUUGAUAAGGCAUUGUUUCUGUUCAGUAAAGUUCCUGGGCCGGAUGUGGAGACGUGGAACUCCAUUAUCUCCGGACUGGCUCAGAACAGGAGAUUGGAGGACGCUCGCUCUUUCUUUAACAGUGCACCGCGGAAGAACUUGGUUUCGUGGAAUGCAAUAAUAUCUGGUUGUGAACAGAAUGACGACUACCAUGGAGCACUCGAUCUCUUCCUCAAGAUGCAGGAAUGCUGUCUGAAACCUGAUAAACACACACUGUCAUGUGUUCUCAGUGCGUGUGCUGGACUAGUGGCUUUGCAUCAGGGAAAGCAGAUACAUCAGUACCUCACAAAAUCAUGGGUCUGCGACACACCUUUGAAGAACUCUCUUAUAACAAUGUAUUCUAAAUGUGGAGAGAUUACUGACGCUAGAAAAGUAUUUGAUGACGUGCAAUUUAGAGAUUUGAUUUCUUGGAAUGCAUUAAUCGGAGGAUAUGCACAUAAUGGUUGUGCAGAGGAAGCCCUGCUGAUGUUUAGCAAGAUGAAAAUGUUGAAAGUGGCACCCAGUCAUAUUACGUUCCUUUCUGUGUUAUCAGCAUGUGGCCAUGCAGGCUUAGUGGAGGAAGGCAGGAGACAUUUCUGUUCCAUGACUGAAGAUUUUCAUAUCAUUCCAAGGAUGGAGCAUUUUGCCUCCAUGGUUGAUAUCUUCGGCAGAAGUGGGCUUAUACAAGAGGCAGUCGAACUCAUAAAUGAAAUGCCAGUUUUACCAGACAGGUCUGUCUGGGGAUCUUUGCUUUCUGCUGCCAAAAUUCAUGCCAAUCUAGAAGUCGCUGCCUUGGCAGCUCAGGCUUUAAUUAAGCUUGAGCCAGAAAGCUCCAUGUCAUAUGUUGUCUUAUCCAAUAUGUAUGCCAAUGCAGGAAAAUGGAAUGCUGCACUAGAAGUAAGAAAGUUGAUGGAAAAAAAUGGUGUCAAAAAGGAACCCGGGUACAGCCAUAUUGAGUUGCUAAACACGGUUCAUGCCUUUGUUGCAGGAGACAGAACGCAUCCCAUGGCUCAAAAAAUAUAUGAAGUGACCGAAUGCUUCAGUCUGCAUGUCAAUGAUUUUGUUUUUGGAUAUGAAACUUCAGAUUCUCUUGUGAUUGACAAAGGGUGAAAUAUUGUGGUCUAGGAUGAUAGAAUUUUGGUGAUAUAAUAUUCCUCAACUUGAUUGACCUUGUGGUCUGGGUUUCAGUCUUCCGAUUCAGGUAUCACAGGCACCGGUUUCAUUAGCGGAUGUGGAUCCAAUGAUUCCAAUCUGAAAAGGGAAGGAAAAUUUCAGCAAAAUGUCACUGCACUUAAUUAAAUCAAAGAACUAAUAGUGCAAUGACCAGCUGUCGGCCGAUGUGUAAGACCUGCAUGUCUGAGACUUGCACACAUGCAUAUGCUAAAGUCCAGCAACAUGAGCGACCUCACUGCAUAAUUAUCAGCAAGUCUCACUUCUUUUUAUGCAACUGAAGUGAGUUGGGAACUUUCAUGCUGAUUUCUUCAGGAAAACUAGCUUGUGGUGACUUAUACUGAUGCUGGUAAAUGUACUACAGUUAACAUGGGAAACACCGCAGCAUUUGCUAAGCUGGUAGUAAGGAUCAAGAAAAAGAGCAUGAGAUGGCUUUCAUAAGUUAACCAUAACGAACAGCUUUUCAUGGGGAUCUCACAUACAGCAAUAAAAGAAACAGCCUGGCCUGCAAAGAUGAGUUCAUUUUGCAUGUGAUAGUGGUGGUCCUGAGCCCCUCGUCUCCCGAAGCAGCAACAACGCCUGGGCCUUCCCCUUACCCGGGCUGUGACUGAUCAGUGUUUUCUUCAUGAUCUGCCACGGUCAUAUGGCUGUUGGAGCAUAGUAUCAAGAUAGAUGCAUCCAGCAAGUUGGCUUCAUCUUCUGCUUCACCUCUUCCAACUCUGUCUUCACGCACAUUAAGCAGGGAGAAUAGAUCGGCUGCAUAUUUAGUGGCAGCGUCUUUAUUCCUAUGGCGAAACUAAAACGAAUGAGAAGGAAAAUUGAGAAAGGCAACUAAGAGCUUUGAUCUUGCAUUUUGUUACGGUGAGUAUCUGAAUGCAAUUGGUUUACAGCUUGCUUGAGGAAUUGUAGGAGUCUCGGUCAAACGAUCUGGGCAUGGGAAACUUCUUGGGGAUGAUUCCUCCUUACAACCGUAGCCCCAACUGCAGCUCUAGUACAAGGCUCAGGCGGUGAAUUUUGUCAUGGAAAGGUAACUGAGAAUCCUCUCAGUCUAAAAGUAACAGAAGGAGAGGGCUGAUGGAGACGCUAAGCCACUUUUUCAACUUUCGAGUCCUGCUGAUUAUUCGAGUUACGGCAAGCCCAUGUUUUGUUGGAGAACUCGCCCUCCGAUGUGAAUCUUCACCAUCAGAAUAAAUACUCCGAGUCAUCACAGUGCUUCAGCACAAGUCGCCCGACUCACCUCUUCUACGCAACAAUAAACAGGUUUUUGCAUUUAUAUACAUCUUUUCUAGUGUCAAUUAUGCCGCCAUUUGAAAGUAUGGAAGAACCAGAUUUGGCAAACGUUCAAAUGGAUCACAUUUUUCUGUCUCAAAAAAGUUAGUAUGAAUUGCUGAUGUUCCACCCUAAGCUUUUGCAUCUAACUCAUUCUGCUAUAUCUGGGUCCAGUUUUUUUCCCUCCUCUCUUCAGGGUAUUAACGCACAGCAAUAAACGAAGUACAGAUUCUGCAACAAGCAGUCUCUUUUCAUGUAAAUGUCAGUCUUCAAGAGCUCAUGAACUUUAAAUCACACUGUUAAAAUUGCCACGUAUACACUUCAUUUUAUUUGGAAAAAACAUGAACCGACCACGUUUAUCAACGCGAGCAAACGGAAGGUAGUCAAUAAUCCAAUGAUCUCCGAGCUUCUUAUAUCGCUAAGUCUUUCAUGUCGGUCCCUUUUCUUCAAUAUUAUGCACCCUUGACUUGCGAACUCGGCAUUUCUCGACCGUGAACCCGAGGUCUUCUGCAUGGCUAAAAGACGUGAGAGGCAUCAUAUCAGCUUUGAUCAGGGAUAGAAUGUUGUAUUUGGACCUUUCCAGCUGCUGCAAAUAUCAUGAAUUGGUAAUGAACUCAUCGGAGACAUAAAAAUCUUGUGCAUGCCUGGUGUAUCAUUUUAAUUUUUGUUCCACUAUUGUCUCAACACGACC